GUUGAUGUGAAUAUGACAGUCCCCCCCCUUCCUGCUCGCCGAAACCGACGCUGCGCCACCAGGCGCUGCCUCACGGGCCCGCGCGGGCUAUCAGCAGCCCGCGGGGCCGAGGCCCGCAAGCUGCCGCGGCGGGGGGAAGAGCCCGGAACUUCCUGUUUUACCUGUUCCCCGCUGAACGGCGGAGGGCGCAAUCGAUGAUGAAUGCAAACGCGCGUACUGAUUCACCUGCCAGGGCCGUGAACUACCACGCGCCCUCUGGCCUCCACUCGCCAGGGCUCAUUUCCGAGCGAUAUAUCAAGCCUUUGCCUUCGCGUAGAGAGCCUUGCCCUCUGGGCGCGUGCCCGCAAUGGCGGCGAAGCCCUUCAAGUUCAGUGUGUUCCUGGCAGCGGCCACACAAUCAGCCUACAUCUGGAUGGUGGAUGUCUGGUACAGAUUGCGAUGGACGGCCGAAGCCUUCUUCGAGACGAGCUUGCUGGACUUAGUCUUAAUCAGCUUUGUCCUCUGUGAGUCCCGACGCGGUCUUCUCCUUCCACGCAACACCAUGGCGCGACCCAACUUGCCUUUGCCAAUCUUGCUCACGCGCUUCGCCUUCAUGACCUUCCUGCCUUUCGCCUCGGAAUUCUUCAUGGCAGGGGCCUUCAUCGGGAGCGCCAUUGAAGGGGAGGCGGAACGGCGCGACGGCGAGUGUGGCUGUCCCAGAAAGCAGGAGUACUCCUCAAACGUAAGUCAUUAAGUCACUGCUUGAACCAAAAUGGUUAUACU